GUGCUUCGUGGUAUGGCACGUGGGUUGCGUCCGCCGUCCCGAGUUUCACAUUCCUCUCAGCCCACCCCGGUCGAUACGGAGACUCCCUCAAGCAUUGUCGCAAGCCUACUUCCCCCAUGUCCCACUAAUUACAUUUCAUCUUCUCCUGCAUGGAAUAAUCAACAUGCAUCAAAGGACCUUACCGGUUCCGCCGCUUGCCCAUCCGUUGGUCAGCGUUUAGGAGAUCAGGAAUUUACCCUAUCGGUCUUCCCUCAGUUUCAAUCUGUCAUUCCUCACUCAUUAUGCCAUUCCCUCAUGCUGGUUAACAAAGAAGAUCCAACUGAAUGUAAUUAUGUGACUCCUUUUGAUACUUCAGCCCUUUGUACUUCACCCAGCCUCCCGCCGAUGACUGCUGCGUCUGAGGUGCGAUGGAGUGUAUGGAACCACGCUUGGUUAGACGUGUCCGGAAGCGAAUAUCUCUUGGGUCAUAUUGGCUCGGUAUAUGCCGGUCGAUUACCCCAUCGGGCAGUGCUUAGUGAAGAUUACUUGAGUACUUGCUUAACUGCUCCUCAGUUGGUCUCUCUGAAUCGAUCCGGUAAAUUGAUGGGCGCUUGCAAUAUUGUGUCAUUAUCCUUCUCAUCAAGUCAAUUCAAAAUGCUGUUAAAAUUGUCUAGUCAGCUGAUGAGCGAUAAGUUUGCAAAAAAUUUGGACUCAAUUGUGAAAAUUUUUUGGCCGUACCGACCGAAAAAUGGACGUUAUCCGUAUCGAUCUUUUGCGCAUAAUUUGCGUCUAUGUUGGUUAUUACUCAUCCGGGACGUAUUACAAAAUGAUAUUAAAGAAACAGGCGACAAAAUCCUGAGCAGCGUACAAAAUCUAAUGCUUGAGGUGUACACUAGCUGCAUUCGCGAUUUGCACCGUCUAUCGACCGAGAUGACUACGGACCCGUUGGCAUCUACCGACACUCAAACAGUUCCGCCAACGGCUAAAAUUUCCUCCCUCGUGUCCUCUGCGAAUGCCCUAUCCGCGUCGUUUCGACGAACUCCACGACCGCGUUUCAGUAAUCCUCAGGAUGAUGAUCCAGAUCGAUCAAGUGAAGCAGCUGAGUGUAAUUCAUCUCCGUUUGAUGAUUCCAGACAACUUAAUGGGUUCACGAAAGAGGAUGCAGAAUCUCGCAUUUCUAACACCCCCGAACAAGUCGGUGAACGUAAAACGAUUUUGAUUCCAAACAAGCAGUCAGCAACUUCGGGCCUGGAUGCUGAAGAACGGAUUAUUACAAUUGGCCCGAAAGUUUCCCGGUUUUCUAAUUCCGAAGCGGUUGAAUUAUCGUCUCCAAGCGAGUUACUGGAUUCCGCCGGGACUGCCGGGACCACUGCCACUUGGAGCAGUCGCUCGGAUCAGUCCGCAUCGGCUUUGUUCACUUGCGAACUAAUAACUGCAUCCACUGCUGCAUGUUUGCAAAUCCUGAUCGAGGCAAUCACUGAUAUGGGAGAUUCCGAAAGCUUGCUCACUCGGCUUUUGGAACGUGUUGCCACAGGGAUUGAUCUUCGGGCAAUUCUGCAUGCUGAACAGGGAGGCCUAGAGCAAACUCCGGUCCUGUUCACUCCCACCGCCGGUCAAUCCGGCCCAGCGGUCACGGCGCGUGGUGUACAGCAGUUCAUCCGCGGGCAUCUAAGUGUGCUGNCACAAAUCCGGCGUAUCUCAGCAGCUGUUCAACCGACAGCUUAG